UAGCUUUCAGCUUUACAGCCUUGGUCUCGGUCAUUCGAUAAUCUAAAGUUGUCUUUUUUUUAGACAAGGGCUUCAGCGGCUGCUGUUGGUGAAAUUGGCGGCUGUCCCAGAGGGGGCUGUAAAGCAAAACCUGGGCACUGGAGCCUGCUCGCACGCUCAACAGACAGCGGUUAGAUGUAGACCGACAGUAACUUACUUUUAUCGAGACCAUGAUUAGAUCUUUGGGCCAGUAAAGGAUCUCGGUUAGUCAUUUCCGUAUUUAACUCUUGCCUUCACUCGACCACCCCGGGUCUCCACUGUUUUGUUUAUUGAUCCGUAAUCUUCGUCAUUCUUAGCUUUCCUCAUUGGUGCAGUUAAAUUUCGUGUCAACAUAGUGGUAUCUCACUAACUAGACUUAAGUGCAGUUUCAGCUGCACAAUGUUUCAUUAGUUGUUAGAUCUUACAGUAUUCACUGCGACUAUCGUUUAAAAAGACUUAGUUCAUUCGACGACUGGUACCCACUCCAUAUAUGGGAUUGUUUGACAGUUGCUGUUCAAGUCAUUAGGCCGUUGUUAUUCCAUGAUGUAAUACAGAGCCUUGAUCACGUAUAAACAUGCUCGUUUGUCUCGUGAACGGGCUGGAAAUAACUCACGUUCAUCCCCAUACCGCGCUCGAACGGUAUCUCCGAAAUACCGUAUGACAUGAUUGGAUGGAGCGUGUAAGGUGUGCUUUUAAUACUCGACGUUCACUGGCGUGGUGGUUUUGUGAGAGACCAUUGUCGAACCUGUCGAUCUGUUAAUUAUAACGUUGAGGAGAGGUCGUCGUGUGGGAUAUGCCUCAUGGAAGAGCGAUUUGGGUUUGUUUCAUGAUCAUCGGACUCUUGAAAUACAUCGGGACUACACCUGUUGAAAAACAGACGCAGGGUGGUAGCAAAUCGAAACAAGAAGAGAAACCUGGUCCUGAUCUACGAAGUUUGCAUUUUCCCGCGGAGUAUCAUGCAACAGGUGUCUUGUCGCUUCCCACAAGCAACAUUAACGAGCCUUUUGAAGUUUGGCAUAGCCAGGCUUACGACAAGAGCCGAAUAGAUUACUACCAUGGUGAAGUGAAAACUUUUCAAAGAGGAGAUUUAGGAAGAAAUGGAAUGUUCUUUAAAAUCAUCCCAAAGUUCUCUUACAAACGUCAUAGGAAUGAUCGCCAUUUUUUGGGAUGUUGGAAGAGGUAUGGGUCCAAGUCUCGCAAGGCUAAGGCCCAGUCUGUUCUACCGUGUAACACGGCCUGGCCGUUCAAGUCUCGUCUGGAAGACUUCAAGUAUGAGGGUGAUGCCGUUAUCAAUGGAACAAAAUGUACCAAGUGGAGUUACAACGUGACCAUAUUUGAACGCAACAACUCGUACUUGUUUUAUGCAACGAAGACCGACCCACCCAAACCUGUGUACUUCGAAAUGAACGGCUACGAUACACUGCUUGUGUCGUACUACGACAAGUAUACGAUUCAUUAUCACAGCUUUGAAGAGUGGGAUUAUGAUCCGGAUGAU